AUGGCUGCCCCAAUUGAUGAUGCUCGCUACUUCUCUACCAAACUUUUGGAUCGAUAUACGCUUCCCUCUCGGGAGUCAUUGGUUUCAUUUGCAGCCGACGUGACCGAGCACUGUUCUUCACAAGCAUCCGAUGAUGACUCGUCGUCUGAGCGCCACAAUUUGGGUUCUCUCUACGGUGAUGCACUCGGACCGCAAGUCUAUGUGAGGUUACAAUGGGCCAUUCGGAGAGAGACAUCAUUUGACAAGAGAAAAAAUAAUCUGGCUCUUGCCAAAAAAUAUGCGGAGGAGAGCUUGGAAUAUACGCUUGCUUCUUCUUCUGCCAAACGGCGAGUCGCCUUGUUGGAGUCGCGAUGGGUGGGUUCCAUGACCAUGCUGAUUGCUAUUGAAAGCCGAAUGGAAAAUAUGGAGAAUCAGCGUGACCAAGUUUGCCAACAACUACUCAGACGACUCACCAGAAACUGUCAGGGAUUGCCCUCACAAGAGUGUGAAGUACUGUAUGGUCGAGCGGGUGCCAUCCAAGCUAUUCUGUGGCUUCGGGGGGAAUUGCAACUGCCCUCAAUGGGCAGAUCUUUUUGCCUAGACAUGGCAGAACAUGUGCUCCAGGUGGGCAUAGACAAUGCGUCUGCCGCUCCGCAACUUCAAUUGCCGUUGGUUUGGUAUUGGUAUGAUAAGAUAUACUUGGGAGCAGCACACGGGAUUGUUGGAAUUCUACAGACAUUGCUCCAACUCGAAUCAAAGGAAUUGAUUGAAUUGGAGCGCCGGGUACCCAAUGCACUACAAAUCAUGGAGCAAACGAUUGACGCCUUGUGCCAAUUCUAUUGUUUUGAUGAAUCAGGAAAUUUGAUGAGCAGUGUAGGAAACAACAACAAGAAGGAUCGGUUGGUUCACUGGUGUCACGGAGCUCCCGGAUGGAUACUACUAUUAAUACUGGCAAGUAAAGUAUUGUCGAAACCAUCCAACUUGGAACUUGCAAAGAUAACAGCUGUGCAGACGCUUUGGAAUCGUGGACUACUGAAGAAGGGAUUGGGUCUAUGCCAUGGAAUUGCCGGUAAUGGAUUUGUCUUGCUGCGUUUAUCACAUGCAUUGGAGGGCGACGAGCAAAACCUAUGGUAUCAUCGUGCGCUGCAAUAUGCGUCUUUUGGUAUGGCACACUACGACCGGCUGAAAGAAAUUCCUGAUCAACCAUUCUCUCUUUAUGAAGGUUUGUCUGGUUUUGUAUGCUUUCUCCUAGCUUGCGCGGACCAUAAUGAUUCCAGAUCAUCGCAAUUCCCGCUGUAUGAAUUCUGGUAA